UGUAACAAGCAGUGAAACAGAAAAGCCUCAGGCAGGCUUACGUUUUGAGUUUUUGACGAAGUCGAGAAACGUUUCGACCCCAGUUGUGAGUACUUUGCUUGAGAACUGAUGAUUUCAUCCUACUGUGGAAGCUGAGACUCCAGCAGAAGUAAUGGUGAAUUAAUUUCUGAAGACCACCUGAGGAAAAUGGAGUUUCCAAACCAAGAGCUUGACUUUCCCUCUUGCAGUCACCAAACAAAUGCAGUAGCCUAACCUCCUUAAAAAAAAAAAACACCACCAGCUUUUUCACCCAGCAUUUUUCUUGCCUUAUUUCUACUUUUCCAGUGUACCAGCAAAUCCUCAAACAUAACCUACCUGCUCUUUACCUGUACAGGUGCUUUCAGUAGCAGUGGAAGCUUCUUUCUCAGCACCUCCAGUUUUAUUCUCUCUCCAGAAAACCUCCAUUUCCAAAUGAUGCGAACGGACAGCAAAGGCCGAAGUGCCUCCCCUCACAGGAUAACCUAUAGGUCUGACUUUCACGCCAUCAAAUGUUCUUUUGACACUGGGACCGGUCUAACACCAGGGACCAAAGCUGCUGACAGACUCCCAUCUAGCUUGUCAGAUGCCAUCAUGUCCCAGACCAGCAACACCACCAGCACCAGAGGAAGAAUCCCCAGCACCAGAGGGACCAAGAUCAGAGAUAACAUCUUUCUGCAAAUGGACAGCCAGCAGCUGAAACAAGAUGGAGGUCCAGUGUUGAGUUCUGGCUCCACUCCCCUACUUUCUCCCCAUAAUCCUGGUCCACAGCUGCAGCUUUCACCUUUUUCUGGAUCAUCCAAACUAUCAUUUGGCAGCUCGUCAGCUUCGCAAGAUAAACCAUCCCGAUCAGAGGAGAUCACGGAUAUUGAAAGAGCUGCUCUUGCUCAGAGGUUCACUGUAACCCGGAGGUUGUUUGAGACCAAGUCGAUGGAGGUUGGAGGAGGUGGAGGGCAAGUUGUGAAAGGAGUAUCCAGCAGAGGAAGCAAGGGGAUGGAAGACGGGAAAAGAGAGGAGUUGGAGGAGUAUGGAGGAGGAAGCAGUGAAAUGGAUAAAGAGGAAGAGGGGAGUGAGGAUAGGAAGGAUACAGAGGAGGAGGGUUCUGAUAGAGAGGAAUCAAUAAACCUACCCACCAUCAUGAAUAUUUCCAUGCCAAAGCCUCCUGCACCAGCCCCCCUGACAACCCCUAAAUCUCCUGAAUGGGACAGUCUUGGGGAAAAAUCUGCUUCCUGUCCUGAUGAAAAUGAUGAAAUUUCACACUCAAAACUAGACAAGGAAUGCACAACAAACGGUGUAUGCUUGACUCCGGAGAGGCCAGUCAGGGCAGAGCUUGUGGACGUAAAGACUGAGUCGUCAGAAAGUGAUGAGAACGAAGAAGAGAAGGUCAAAUACUGGCUUGAAAGGGAAAAGAGCAUUAACAGAGGUGUGGGAGAAAGUGUUACAGAUCUGGAUGAUGAUGUUUUUGAGGAACCUUACAUGGAAACAACAAAAAGAGAAGCAUAUACAGUAGAAAAUCAAGAAGGACCAAGAGCAGGAAAACUUCAGCCUCCCCAGAAAGAGUCACCAGCCAGCAUGUCGUGUUUAAGAGAGAGUACGGUUGUCAGGGAAGGUGGUGGAGACAAGUAUCGGCAGGUGAAUGAACAAUGGGAGGGGCACAGCAGAAAGUUUAUUGCACAGACUCAGAAGUCAACAGAUAAAGGUGAGAAAAUGACAGAUGCAGCAGUGGAGGAAUGGACGAGGAGAGGCAUGAUGGAAGAGGAGGUAGAAGUUAAGUUUUACAAUGUAGAAAAGAGGAAAAGUGGAGGCAGAGGAGAAGAAAAAUACACAGACAGUCAGACUGAAGAAGAAGAAGAAGAGGAGGAGGAAAGUGAGAGGGGCGAGAGUUCAGUAUCUGAGCUGCAGGAGCCCGACGAGGACGUCAAGCAGGAGGAGUGCAGAGGGGACAGUGGAGGAGAUGAAGGAGGUGAAGAGGACCAGACAGAAUCUGCUGUUUUCUUAGGGAUUGAAAAUGCAGCUUUUGUGCAUGAGCUUUCAACAAAACAGGAACUGGAAAACUCCAUAAAUGUAGAUAGUCAACACCGCUUGAAGUAUGAGGAAAUUCCUGGCAUCCCUGCUCUGUCGGAUGAGGAAGAUGAGGAUGAAAAGAAAGCUGCAAACAGAAUGGUCAAAUUCUCCACAGCGCCAAUCAAGGUGUUCAACACUUACUCUAAUGCAGAUUACGACAGACACAAUGAGGAUAUUGACCCGGUGUCCGCCUCGGCAGAGUAUGAGCUGGAGAAGAGAGUGGACAGGAUGAACGUCUUUCCGGUAGAGAUAGAGAAAGGUGAAGAUGGUCUGGGCAUCAGUAUCAUCGGGAUGGGCGUAGGAGCCGACCAAGGACUGGAAAAACUUGGAAUCUUUGUUAAGACAGUCACUGAAGGAGGACCAACUCUGAAGGAUGGAAGGAUUCAGGUGAAUGACCAGAUUGUGGAGGUGGACGGGCUGAGCUUGGUCGGAGUGUCGCAGCUGUUUGCAGCCACAGUCCUUAAGAACACAUCAGGCCUGGUCAAGUUUCUGAUUGGCCGAGAAAGGGAGGGGGUGGAGAGCGAGGUAGCGCGACUGAUCAAUGAAAGCCUGGAAAUGGAUAAAACGUCCAGACAGAGUGGAGAUUCAAUUGGAGAUGAGGAUUACGAUGGGCUCAUGUCAGAGAGGGGCUCAUUGGUUGAAGAAGAGGAGGAAGAUGAAGAAGAGGAUAUGACUUUUCUCUCCUGUGUGGACCAUGAUCAACUCUGCCUCAAAUACCAGCAGCUUCAGUCAAAACUUCGUAGCAAAGGAGCCAAACUUCACAAUGUGAGAGCAAAGUUAAAGACAUGGGAGGAACGGCAGGCUUGUUGGGAGAGCCAGAAAGCCGACUUGGAGCAGAGAGCUGAGGAUGAAGAGGACAAAGCUGAAAAACUAGAGAAGUACUGGCAGGAGGCCCAGACACUGUGCAGAGUGGUGAGCCAGAGACUGUCUGAUGCCCAGAGCCAAUCAGAGAGCCUGGAGAUCAAAUACAACAAGGCCAAGAGACUGAUCCGAGAAUACCAGAGCAGUGAAGAAGAGAGGGAGCGAAGAGAAGCAGAUUUGAGGAGGGAAUUGGAGGAGAGAGAUAAGCAGCACAGAGAGACGGUUGAAAGACUGCAAAUCCAGAUAGCACAGCUGGAGGGAAGAGAGCAUGUACCUGAAAGACAGAACCACUCUUUGGACUCUGUAGUCACAGGUUCAGACUGGUGUCUUCCAGUCCCCGAUACAGGACGUCUGGACUCCAGCGCUCACAUAGCCAGAGCUCAGCUGGCCCAGAAAUCCAAGCGCCACCCCCCAUCCCGAGACAAACUCAGAGAGAGCUUCAGGAAACAGGAAGAAGAUCAUCAGAAACAGGAGAGCACAUCGCUGUCUGCCUCUACGGUAGCUCAAAGGAUCAGCAGAAGUGACCUCUCCAGUUCUUCAUCGUUCCCAUCCCUCAGUUCUCAACCGCCUACCAGCUCCAACUUCACACCUCCUGUCUACAUCAACGACACUGCCACUCCCUCAUCCUGCAAAUCCUCUGCCUCCAGGAGGUCCAAAAGGAAAUUUCCAGACUUCAGUGGUCUUCGAAAGUCUCUCGGGAAAAGGAGAAGUGAGAAACUACGCAAAAGGUCUAUGAACAACAGGGCGUCCUGUGGUGAUCUGAUAGAUGAGCCUGCUGGAGUUUCUCCAUCAGGUUCCAUCACCUCCAUGCCUUCCUGCCUGCCCUUCCCCUGGUUUGGAGAGAGAGGAAAAGAAAAAGAUGUGGAACGAGGCAGGGAGAGACUCCGCUCCGUGUCCAGUAGCAGCCUGCCGUAUCUGACCACCACAGGUAGAAGAGAUCAGAGUAUUGGCUCUCCGGUGCGCAGCUCCAGCAUGGAGGGUCAUGUCUCUGAUCACUCUGUCUCUGGACACUCCUACACAUACACCUUUUCCUCCACUGAGACGUUGGACGAUGACCCACUUCCCAACAACAACAACAACCAGUGGCAGAGUCGACCGGUGUUGGAGUGGAGCAACCAGCAGGUGUGUCUGUGGCUAAUCGCCAUGAACAUGGACCAGUACACAUCAGCUUUUGCUGCGAGAGGAGUGGACGGGACACAGCUCCUCAACUUGGACAGUGAGAAACUAAAAGCUCUGGGGGUUUGUAGUCACGGGGACCGCUCUGCACUUAAGAAGAAGCUGAAGGAGAUAAAGAAAUGUGAGGAGAAGGAACAGAAGAAAGGAGAACCGAGGCUGAAGGAAGGAAAUGUAAAAGAGAAGAAUGCAGUUUUGGAUAAGGAGAAUGAAGAGCGAGGGAGGAUGAUUUUGGAGAAGUCUGUAAAAGAUGUCCGACGUACUGGAAAAACAAUAAGAACAGAGUCGCUCUUGUAAAGGUGAUGUCAGAGAAACUGCACCAGCAUGGGGCUGUUUGCAGUCUUGCACACAAAAACACACUUCUGUUUCGUUCAUGGAAUCAGCUAGAUGUACUGCACACAUCCUCCACUUUUCACUGCUUAGUGUUUAUCAUUUAAAAUAAAGAACACGCAUCAGUUUUAACUGGUAAUAAUGAUCUUUAGACCAGAGCAGAGGUGGACUCUUGCACCAGAGUCCACCAUAUAUCUGACAGGUUUGCUAUACUUCUGAAGUGUUUUGUUUUUUAACUUUCAUGAGCUUUAAAUUAUAAUUACAAGAAUUUUAACCUUUCACACAGUGCUGAUUUAAGCACAAAUGCAUUUGCUGUAAAUGUUUUUUUAUGUAUUAAUAAAUAAUGAUUUAAACAUUUUC